UGAGAGCAAGGAGAAGGAAGGUUUAAGGGAGAGUUCAGGGGAGAAGUGUGAAGAGGAAAGUGAGGUUGUAGAGACAGGGGUCGUUUGUACAGUUGGUGUCCAGGAAGGAAAUUUUAGAAGCGUGUUGCUGAAUAAGGUCGCCAAUAAAGAUAAUGGGGGUGAUUUACAGGAGCUGAGUCCUGUUGUCAGGACUAGGACUAAUUUAAAAAUCAUUGCAAGAAUAGUUCAGGGUUCAAUUUCGAUAGCCAGACCCAUAUAUUCAGUGAGAAUAAUUGGGAAGCUAGCGAAAAACCAAGCAUAAACAACUUAGAAUUCGAUCAGACUUUUCAUGAAAUAGUGGCGGACACCAUAGAGAUCCAAAGCAAGAGCAAUAAAUAAAACAUUUGGCAAACUGAGGAAUAAAUAUAUCCGUGAGAAGGCAUACAAUCAAGCCAAAGCUUGCAAGCAAGCUGUUUGUAAGAGUCGAACUAGUAUGGCUAAACAAAGAUCGAAGUUUAAGAAGAAAAAGAUUUUCAAACAUGAACUUUCAUUUAACAUCCGUAAAUUGCAAGGAAGUUCAAAUAUUUCUGAUUUAAUCAAGGAGCGAGUGCAGCUUGAUGAUCUUGGCUUUAUGAGGGCCCAGAGAAACUUAAAUAUGACUCAAAUAACAAAUGGGUCUAUUAAGAACAAGGAUGCACAGAUCUCUCCAAUGAGGAAUGAGGCCAGCAGUCCUAAAGAAAGCUCAUUUAUUAAUAUCCCAGCUCAGAAGAGAGCUACUAGUAUGAACAAAGUAGAUGAAUAUCGAAUUUUAGACCAUGUAUCCCUAUUUCCCCAUUCAGAGAGUCCAGAUCAGAAGAAUUUGUAUAAAAUGAUCUCCCAGUCACCUCAGAAACUUCUGAAAUUGGUGAAGAUGAAGGCUAAAGAUAGGCUAGAAUCUACAGAUAUGAAGAUUGUUGGCGAAAAUAUAGCAGAGGUUAUUAAAAAUACGUUUAUGACUAAAGUUCUAACCACUGCUCCUGAAUCGGCUGAGAAAAGAAGGAUGUCUCAAGACUCUAAAGUGGAUCAAGAUCUUACGAUGCAUGCUCAAGAGGUUCCUGUUGAUUCAAAGAAGAUGAUCAGGCAUAAAAGCCUUCUUUAUCCUAUUAAACUAAGCCAUAUAAAGGGAUGGAAGAAGAUUAUUGGAAAGAAGGGUUACAAGUAAAGGCCUUGAAUUUAACGAUCCUAUUGAGAUUAUAAACAACCAUAGAGCCUCAGACUCUUAUGACACCCAAAAUAUUAUGUUCUUUAGUAAUAAGAACUCAUUAAGGCCAAAGACUAAGCUAAAAUCACCUUAUAAAGGAAGGAACAUGCCAUCUCUGUAUGAUACAAAUAGUAAAACUGAUUCAACUGAGCUUCAUCCUUCAGAUGGGAUAAACUACUCAGAAGUGGCAAAUCCAAUGAAAGUUUUCUGUAUGAAAUCCAAAAAUGAUAAUAAGACUGAUGAUAUUGUAAAUCUUAGCUCUAAAUGAUCUGUAAGAUCAAAGCCAAAUACAAAUAACUUAAACCAUAAGGAAUCUGAGAGGUCUAAAUAAAGCAGCAAUAGUAGUCCAGAGCAGGAUUGGAAGAGCCAAAAAUUCGUGUCAAAGUAGUUCAAAGACUGGUCUAUUUGCAUCAAUUUCGAAAAGUUUCACUGAUGCAAUCAGGAGACGAAGUCCACAGAAAUCUGCUGAGUUUCAAACAAUGAGCAAAUUUUAUCCAGAAAAGAGAGGAAAUAGAGUAGCUUGUAAGCUGGAGAACAAAUCAAGAGCACAAACUCAAGAAGGCCGCACUAGAAAAUAAAAUCCAUAGUAAUAGUAGACAACAUUGGAAGCAUCUUCAUCCAAAGAAUCAAGUACCAUCACCUCCUGCUUUCAAAAUUUCAAGCUACAAUUAUAAUCCAAAAUUUCCAAACAACGACUAUAAUUCAAGGCCUAAAACUACAAUAGGUGGGAGUAAAAAUGCAUUCCGAAAUUCCAAAAUGCUUCAAAAAAGGCAUCAGGGUCCCUCAAAGUCUAUUCAUGAAGAAGAUAGAGACCAAAGUCUUUCCUAUGGAGAUCACAAUAUCCCUAAUUCUUACCACAAAGCAAAUCAUAUGUACUCAAAAUAUUCCAAACUAGUCAAAGGAUCAUGCUGGAGAGGUAGAAGAAACGGCUACAAAGUCGGUAUCAGUGGGUAACCAUCAUAUUAACCUCUAAUUUUCUUUCAACAACCCACAAC